AUGGCUACUGCAUCAUGUCCUGCUCCUGUGAAGCAGAUGGAAACACUUUUAGAGUGUUCUGUUUGUAUGGAGACAUUGACUCAACCACGGACAUUGUCAUGCUAUCAUUCAUUUUGUAAACACUGCUUGGAGAAUUAUGUCGCAAUUCACCGCGAGAAGGCAGUUAAAGCUAAAGCUUCAGUACCAGAAAUCUUUGAAUGUCCAUUAUGCCGCACGGAGUUUUCAGUCAAAGAAGGGGAAAAUAUUGGUGAGAAAAUGCCAGCAAACCACUUUAUUAACAACCUGUUGGAAUUGCUCAGCAUACAGCAACAAGCCCAUCAUGUAGAAUGCCAGUCGUGUAAAGCGAACGCUCCUGCGGCGAGCAGAUGCAUAUCAUGUGAGAAAUAUCUGUGUCAUAAAUGUCUGGAUGUCCACAACAACUGGCCUGACUUUGAGGAUCAUGUCCUUUUGACGUUGGAAGAACUAUCUAAGCCAGAAAACCGAGCGAAGGCGAAAGCCAAACCUCGUUGUGAGAAACACGACAAAGUUCUGAAGUUUUACUGUGAAACAUGCGAAGUCCUUGUUUGUCGAUACUGCAUGGAUCUUAAUCACACUCGACCUGAACAUACGUGGUUCCCUUUGACAGACGUUGUUGUACAGCACAAAGAAGCUUUGAAAGCAUCUUCCGGUAUAUUUGAGAAGCAAAAAAAUGAUGCAGCCGAGAGUAAUCGUAAGAUUGAGGAGGCAAUGGAGACCCUGAAGAAAAAUGCUACAAAAGCAAGAGACGCCAUCAAGCAGCAGCAACAGAAUAUUCUAAAUGCGUUUACCAAGAAACUCGAGAAAGAAACGACAGCCUUGCUUGACCAAGUUGACAUGAAGUACAGGGAAGUCAGCAAGCCUCUGUUAAAGCAACAAACUAACGUGAAAGCUUAUUUCGAAAAAGCAAAAAGUUCGUUGGAUUUUACCAGCAAUAUUCUUUCCAGUGGAAGCGACGAGGUACUCCUUUCUCUCAAACACGAGAUUGAGGAAAAAGCUGGAAGCAUUGAGAAUGAACGACCAGAAUUUAUGGAGCCAGUCCACGAUGGCCUCUUUGAAUAUCAUCCAAAACCGACCAAAGACAUCAUGGAGAAUUUGAAGUUGAAUCACUUAGGAAAAAUUGAUCCUAGAGAGUAUGAGUAUAAACGUUCCGAGUCGUCAUUUCUGUUUUCCUUAAAAAAUAAGGCGAAUAUGAGCCCCUUCAAGUGCCAGAUGAAAGAUGGUCGAAAUGACGAAGCAAUCUACUGUGAAUAUAAGUUUGGACCAGUCUUUGGUCGUACUGGUAAUGGUUUUGGUCAUGAUCUGGCUAUCUGCCCUAACGCCAACACAACCCAAGGUUCAAAAAGCAACCUUGGUGAUACAUAUCAACCUCCUCCAGGAUAUGAACCUGGAGCCCCAGAAACCAAAGCUCUGUUGGCGGGCAGCUACGGAUUCACUCCAUCAGAAAUUGAAGUUUUUUGCACCCGAAUCAUUUUAAUUGAUUUUACAUGA